CUUUUUUCAGACUAAACGAAUAUGUUGACGCAAAAAGUUUUUCUGAGGAAAACCCGACGUGGUAAUAUCAUUAAGGUAGUUCGAGAACACUAUCUUCGAGAUGAUAUUUGGUGUGGACACCCUAGUUGCCAGCUGUGUGACCAGGAAGAAGAAAAUGCAAAGCUCUCUAAAAAGCCAAAAUCUAUCGCAAGUAUUGAGAAGAGUCCCCACUACCUGGUAUUGGACACCAAUGUUGUGCUGGAGCAGAUCGACAUGUUAGAAUCAGAAGGAUUAAACAAUGUCAUAAUUCUUAACACAGUUCUAGAAGAGGUUCGGCACCGUAGUUCUCCAAUCUAUAAACGGUUAAAGGAUAUCAUCUCCAACCCGGACAGACACUUCUACGUUUUCGUCAACGAGCACAGGAAAGAGACUUACGUAGAGAGAGAACCGGGUGAAAGUGCAAAUGACAGAAAUGAUCGAGCAAUCAGGGUUUCAUGUGCAUGGUUUUUAGAACAUUGGAAGGAGUCCUCUGGUGCCAAGGGCCAGGGUGUAGUUCUACUCUCGGAUGACAGAAGAAAUAGAGAGCUUGCAGUUGAGGAGAAGUUGACCGCAUAUUCCGUAGCUGAGUAUGUUGCCAGUAUAUCAGAGUUUCCUAGUCUUAUAGAUAAGAUAAAGAAGAAGGAGGGAAGUGAGGAUGGAUUCGGGAAGAAGUUUCUGUUCCCUGAACACCUUUCUCAAACUCAGAUCUCAGCUGGGGUCAAGGGAAAGAAACUUUUCCAGGGAGUAUUCUAUCUAAGCAGAACCAGUUUCCUUGAGGGAACGGUUAAUGUAGAGGGAAAGGAUCCCAUUUUAGUUCAGGGAUUGGAGGCUAUGAACCGAGCAGUUGAUGGGGACACUGUUGCCGUGUUAUUGUUAGAUAAGGCGGAGUGGACUGCACCCCUGGAGGUCGUCCUCGAGGAUGAUGGAUUCGAUCAGGGAGAUACUCUUGACAAGGAUCGGAAAACUAUAGAGACCUCUGCCAAAUCUAAAGACAUUCAGCUUACCGGAAAGGUUGUAGGAAUAGUGAAGCGCAAGUGGAGACAGUAUUGCGGCAUGCUGCAGGCAAAUCCUGUCAAGGGUGCAUACAGGCACAUUUUCGUUGCAGCUGAAAGAAAAAUUCCAAAGGUUCGGAUUGAGACAAGACAAGCUGAUAAACUGAUGGGGCAGAGAAUCAUUGUGGCCAUAGACUCCUGGCCUAGAACAUCAAGAUACCCCCUGGGUCACUUUGUACGCGCUUUAGGAAAGGUCGGAGAUAAAGCAACGGAAAACGAGGUUCUCCUGCUUGAGCAUGAUAUUCCUCACUCUAGUUUCAGUGAGGCUGUUAUGGAAUGUUUACCCCAGCUCCCCUGGGAGAUCACUAGAAAGGUUUGGUACUAUAUUUCUACAACAGACUUAUCACCAGAGCAUAGAAGGAGGGUAACUAGGGCGCAGGGAGUCUUAAACAGACCUGACAAAGCUGAUGAGGACCAAGUGUCAUCGAGUGAUCUGAGUCAGUCGGCCCCCUCAACUCCAGACUUGGGAAUGGAGGAUUUAUCAAGGUUGGCCGCUACUAGGGCUGGGCUGGAUGCUGCAGCAGUUAACGCUCCCGUAUUGGCUAUGCUGUCUGAGAUGAUGGCCAAACUGACCGUCAAUGGCAGAGUUAUGUGUGAGAUAAAGGCAGCUAUUGCAUCAUUGACAGUUAAGGUCGAUAGACUCACUGAGAAUGAUAAGAAUCACGAUAUAGUCCUCCAACAGCUGGUAAACAGGCAGGCUUCUGGAAAAUGGUGUUCAUUCUGUAAGACUGCAACGCACAUGCUGUCUGAAUGUAAGUCCAAGUUACUGUGUGAUGUUUGUUUUCUAGAUUCUCACAAGCAGGGAGCAUGCCCACUUGGGGGCCUAGAUUGCAGUGUGUGUGGUAUGCCUACACACAGUGGCCUUGUCCACCAGGUGGGGGACUGGCCCAAGAUAGGCAUGGGGAAACAAAAUGGAGCAAGGGCUAAGGCUCAUCGUCUACGGUUAGCUGCAGCUAAGGCAGCAGGUAUGUCAACUCCGAUACGGAUUUGUUAUUGGAAUUGCAAUGGUGUAGCUAGCUUGUGUAAACAGCAGGAAAUUGCAGAUGCUAUGGAGGGGGGGCAGAUUGACCUCCUGUUUGUGGAUGAAACUCACUUAAAGCGGGGGAGUAAUGAAGAUAUGACUUUGAUAGAUCCUUGGAACCCAAUCUACUUAGAAAGAGGGAUGGGCUUAAAAAAGGGAGGAGGCAAAUUGGUCCUAAGGUCAGAACGACUAAACUGCUUGGUUUGGAACCCAGAGGUAGAGGGUUCAGAGUGGAUCAGUAGUGAAAGAGUUUGGAUUCUGGUCCACAAUAACAACUGCAAGAUAGCAAUUUGUUCGGUCUACAUGGCGGCUGAGGUUACAGCAAAUAAUGAAUAUAUUGCCUGGAAUGAUUGUAUAUAUGAAGCAUUACAGGGUGAGGUCAGGUCACGAACUGAAGAUGGAUAUCUAUGCAUGAUAAUAGGUGAUAUGAAUGCACAUGUGGGUACUCCGCCAGACGGUAUUGAGGGAAACAGGCCAGGUACAAAUACAAACGGAGAGAAGCUUUUAAAUUUUGUGAGGAAUAAUAAUUUGCUAAUGCUGAAUCAGGAUAAGGAACUCUGUUCAGGCUUGUUCACUCGAAUAACUCCUUUAUCGAGCACGGUGCUGGACUAUGUUCUGGUGUCGAGGGCCCUUAAAAACAGCAUAGCUAGAAUGAUUAUUGACGAACAACUUCAAUGGUUUUCAGGGAGUGACCAUGUGGCAGUGUACGUUGAAGUUAUUCUCCCAGAUACCAAGGAGCAUAUAGAACUUCCCAAGAAAAAGGGGCUUUUUCUUAAAAAAGACCGAGAUAUAGGUUUGGCCCACAGGAUCAUGGACAGACAUAUCAACGAGAUCGACUGGGACUCAUUGCCAUUAGAUGAGAAAUUGGUCAACGUCCAACAGAUUCUGGUCUCAUCCAAUGUGGAGGCGUAUGGCACUAGGCAAGCUAAAGGUGUCAAGCACAAGAAUAGAAAACUUAAAAGGCUACAGCAAGAACGUAGGCGUGUGGCUCAGGUUGAGAGGCGGCUGUCAGUGGCAAAAAUAAAUAAGAUGCUUAAUGGAAUUGUCUGGGAUGAGUGUGAUCAGACCCUACUGGCGAAAGCAGUAACUGAGAAUGCCGAUUUGGGUGACGAAAUCAGGAAACAGCGCAUGGUUAUCCAGGAUAGGCUUGCUAAGAGUGGGAGGUUAAAGGACAGCUACACUAGCGACCGUUUUUGGAGAUUAGCUAAAAGGGUUACUAAAAAUAAGGGUCAUUUUUCUGCUUUGAAAGCCCCUGAUGGUCGUUUGGUUACGGAAUUCAAUGAAUUAAAGGACUUGGUGGUAACGGAACUGGCAAAGAUGUCUUUGGGUAUGAAGUCAAAGAUCUUCACUACAAGGGGAGAACAAUUGGUGAAGGAAGUGCGGGUUAAAAGUGCAACAAAUAACGAGAAGUGGAUUCCAAAAGAGAGAGAAGAGUUUGCCUAUGAGGAAGAGGUGUGUUGCCCUACUAAUGAAAGAGAGGUACGGGAGGUCAUCAGAUCCCUGAAGUUGGAUAGAGCAGCAGGGGUGGAUAAUGUCUCAUCAGCUAUGCUAAAAGGGGCUAGUCCCACAAUGAUAACAUUGAUAACAGGUAUUAUAAAUGAGUCCCUAAUGGAGGGAAAGGUGCCUGGGGCAUUGCAAACAGGGAAAAUGACUCUGAUUGACAAAAAGGAGCCAUCUCUAGAGGUGUCAAAGAAACGUCCGAUAACAGUAUCAAGUGUAAUGUUAAGUAUAAUAACUAAAAUCAUUCACAAACGCAUGAAUAAGAUAUGUGAACGAGAAGGCUUCUAUGGUUCGGUUCAAUAUGGAUUCAGGCAGAAACGUUCCACAACAGACUGCGUGUUAAUGAUUUUGGCUGCGCUAAGAGUGGCCAAGAGGAAGAAACAAUGUAUCUCUCUGGCUUUCUGCGAUAUUGCAAAAGCCUAUGACUCUGUGUGCAGGGAAUUGUUGUACACUAAACUACGCCACAUAGGGUUUGGUGGAACAUUUAGGGGUAUUGUUGGUGUACAUAUAGCAGAUGUAUCCCAUUUUAUCCGUCCAAACACUGCAAUAGAUCUAGAAGCUGCUGACAGAUGUACAACUGUCUACCUAACAGAUAGGAGAAUAGAUAUGGUUCCUGAACUGCUAUCUGGUAAUCUGUGUUCCCUCCGUGGGGGUGUGGAAAGGUUCAGUUUCUCCUGUGUCUGGGAGAUGACGCCUGACGCACAAAUCAAAUCCACCAAGUUUCACAAGAGCAUCAUUAAAUCAAGGGAAGCUAUGACUUAUGAAGCUGCCCAGAACAGAAUAGACAACCCUGAGGACACCAGCAAUAUUGCAGCAAGUCUUCGAAUCCUGUUAGCCCUGUCUAAAAAGCUGAAAGAGCGCCGUGUAGGAAACGGUGCUUUAGUUCUAGCAUCUAGCGAAGUAAGAUUUAGUGUGGACAGCGAGACCGCAGAUCCUAUAGAUGUGCAGGCUAAGGUGGUUCGUGAGACCAACAGUAUGGUUGAGGAGUUCAUGUUGGCGGCAAAUAUCUCCGCUGCCGAGAGAAUUUACAGAGAUUUCCCGGACUGCGCCAUUUUGAGGCGUCAUCCGGCACCUCCGCCCUCAAACUUUGAUCCGCUUGUCAAAGCUGCGAAACAACAAGGGUUCGAAAUUAACCUCGAGACAGGUAAACAACUAGCAGAUUCUUUAAAUGCUGCCGCGGAUCCUAAACGUCCUUAUCUGAAUACAAUGCUUAGGAUGAUCGCUACCCGUUGUAUGAUGCAGGCUGUUUACUUUGCUAGCGGUACAAUAGAGGAACCAUUAUUCAGACAUUAUGGAUUAGCUUGUCCGAUCUAUACUCACUUCACCUCUCCUAUCCGCCGGUAUGCUGAUGUUAUGGUCCACAGACUUCUAGCAGUAUCUAUACAGGCUGACGCAACUUACGCCAAUCUUGUUGACAAGAAAUCCACGCAGAAAAUUGCUGAACAAAUCAAUUAUAGACAUCGUAUGGCGCAGUAUGCAGGGCGAGCUUCUGUCAAUCUUUACACGCAUAUCUUCUUCAGAGGACGAGUGAGGGAUGAGACAGGAUACAUUUUGUAUAUCAGACAAAACGCUGUGCAGGUUUUGAUACCUAAGUAUGGUUUGGAAGGAACAUUGUUUCUCUGUGGUAAAAACAAGGAUACAAGUGUUUGGAGGUUUGAUGAGGAUGAGCCAAGUGUACAGAAUGCUGACGUUAAGCUCUCUUUAUUCCAGAAGUUGAUUGUUCAAGUAUCGUUGGAUAGUUCUGAUAUUCAACACGAGAAACUCAGUCUUAAACUUGUCUCCCCUGUCAUAAAGGACUUCUCAGUGCCGCCGGCUCCUGUGAUUUCUGAGAAGGAUGAUCUUGAAUUAGCUGUAUCAGCAGCUGCCGAUGAGAACAAAAUGGUGUCGCCAAGCAAGAAAAGAAAAUCAGAUGAAAGUGUUUCUUCUUCAAAGAAGUCAAAGAAAUAGUAAUUUUUUAUUAUGUUGAAUUUUUCAGAAAAA